AUGAACCCGUCGUCCGUGGCCAUCGAUACGAGUUCUCAGGUCUCGCUCCUCGACGCUGUUCGCUUUGUGGCUAAGAGUUGGUGGGCUGUCAAGUCAGAGACCAUCGCAAACCGCUUCCGUAGGGUUGGCUUUCAUUCUGGACCAGAGGUGCGAGCGUCGGCCCAGUUUAAAAUCCAAACUGGAAUAUUCCAGCUGGACCAAAUCUGUAAAUUCGGACCAUUUCCAACUGUCAAAGAGCUGGAAAAUAGUAGAACACUGAAAAGUGUGGACUCCUUCACCCUCGUGGAAAAGGAUCUUCUUAUUCGAAGGAGCCAGGUGAAGAAAAUAGAAGCUGUGUGUGCUCAUCAUGCAGAACAGUUUCUAAGAACCUUUGAAAUAAGAGAAAAAUCCUGCUGUGACCCUUUUGGCAUUCACACUGGCCAGUCAAGGAAGAGAAACUUCCGAACGAUUGAUGUAGAAACCUGUGAUCAGUACUCAGCAGUUAUCCUCCUCAUUCCAGGAAAAAAAUUGUGUACUAGUUGCAGGAAGAUCCUUCCUGAAAAGCUCAGAGAAAGCCAGGAGUACCUUGCAGGAUCUUCAUCCUCAACAUCAUCAGUGGCAACACCUGAGACCAUGGAAGAUGACAUCAUUCAACCAGGGCCAUCAACUCAAAUCAAGCGUCUCAAUGAAUCUCUGCAGAUGAUGGGAGAAACACCAGUGAAAGGUGAAAAAAUGGCCCAGAAGAAAUACCCUAAAGAAAAUAGAAGGAAGAUAGCAGAAACAGUGAAUAAACAUUUCCAAUAUCUGUCGGCUAGUCACAACGAAGCCAUUGGCGAUGAGGUGGUGUAUAGAGUGAUAUCAAAACUUUGUGGUGACAUCAUCAGUUACAGUUGCAUGAAGCAAAGAAAUGUAUACUUGCAGGUAUUUGAUGAAGCUGCAGAAAGAGUGCACUUUGUGGAUUCAGAGCCUGUAUGGGUCAUCGGGGAAGAUGUUAUCGUCAAAUAUGAUGUUGCAGACUGCUAUUCUCCAAAUGCUUGGGAUUUUAUUGCUCUAUAUAAGAUUGGCUUACAGAAAGCUACUCCACGAAAGAUGAAUGCUGGAGAUGUUUUCACAUGCCAUUAUCUUGGCAGCAGCUGA